AUGAGCAAGCCAAAGACAGCAGUUCCAAGUCUCUCUCCAAGUAAGGAGAUUAUGGAAUUGAAAUCACUAAAGCGCCAGCGAACUGUUGCGAAAAAUAGUAUAGUGCGCAUAAAAACGGGUCUCCUCGAUAAAACAAUGUCGUUAGAUCCAAUUGAAUUGGAGUGUCGACUGGACAUUUUGAACUCUCAUAGCGAUAAGCUUAUGAAGUGUCAGUCGAAAAUUGAAGAAAUCGACGAGGAAGACAUAUCCCGUGGGGAGUUAGAGGACCUAAUAGUGGAAACUAAGUCCGUUAUAAAAUCUAUUCUGGCGAGAAAUAAAUCGUCAAUAGCCGAAACAUCCUUUGUUGCACCUCACAGCUCGCGACUACCGAAAAUGUCGCUACCGAAAUUUAAAGGGGAGUAUUCAGAAUUUAAAAAUUUUAUGAGUCUGUUCGAGAGUUUGGUGCACAACGAUCCUACAAUCCCAGACAUUGAGAAAUUUAAUCACUUGGUUAACUGUCUGUCUGGUGAAGCUUUGGGAACGGUAAAGGCCUUCCAAAUGUCGGACGAAAAUUAUUCGAAGGCGUUGGCUAGUCUCAAAAAGCCAUCUGCGCUUUCAUUGCGCACAAUGAUUGAUACAGUGUCGGCUGUUUACGACUCGUUGCUGUCGUUAGGUGACGAGAAAAACAUCACAAACGCUAUCAUAAUUCAUCUGGUAAUGUCAAAAGUUGACACCGUUACUCGGUCAAAGUGGGAGGAACAGUUGGAUUAUGAUAAGCUGCCAUUAUGGCGUGAGUGUGAGGCAGCAUUAAAUAAACGCUACCAACAUUUAUCUGCCGAUGAAGCCUCAACGUCGAGGCUCAAGCCGUCAAGCAGUCACAGCAUUCAGAAACCCCACCUUCAUGCGGGAAGGACGAAAGCUGCCUUAGUGACUUCAAAUAUAAAACAGCCGGUGUGUCCGCACUGUAAAUCAAAUGAUCAUAGUAUACCCGCGUGUCCUACUUUUAAAACUCUCUCUGCUCAGCAGCGAUUUGAGUUUGCUAAAUCAGUCCCCUUAUGCAUAAAUUGUUUGCGAAAGGGGCACUCAGUUUCAAAGUGCAAAGCGGAUCGGUGUCGUGUUUGCAACCGUUCGCAUCACACGUUGCUGCACCAGUACCCUGUAUCCCUUGCAACUGCACCACAGCUUUCGACCUCGCAUGUCAUGCACACGACGAGUACACCAGAUCGGGUUAUGUUGGCUACAGCCGUAGUCAACGUAGAAGGUAGCUCCGGAGAGUACCUUCCUGCACGAGCCUUGCUGGAUUCUGGAUCUCAGGUGAAUUUCAUGACAGAGGAUUUGGCGCAGAAAUUACGAAUUCGUCGCGAAAGUACGACCUUAAAUAUUAUCGGCAUCGGAAAUGCAACCAAAAAAGUAAGGACGAAAUUAAAUACGUUUGUAAAAUCGCGGGUCAAUAAUUAUGAGUUUUCGGCACAGUUUUGGAUAAUGCGAUCCAUUUCAGCCAGCCAUCCAGAUCGUAACGUAAAUAUUAAUGGCUGGAAAAUUCCUAAAAACAUUAGCUUAGCGGACCCAGAAUUUUAUAAGGCUCAAAAGGUAGAUCUUUUGUUAGGUGCUGAAACAUUUUUCGAGCUUUUAGCUGCAGGCCAGAUCAAGGCCAGCCCCAAUCACCCAACAUUGCAAAAGACACUUUUAGGCUGGGUUGUGUCUGGCAAAUACGCCUCCAACCAACGCCUCCUCCCACAGUCAGUAGCACAUUAUGCCAUACUGAACAAGAUCUAG